UAUCGGCUUUGCUUCUGCCGGGUAGAAAAAAUCCUGCCCUUUGACAGCUCGGCACUCGACGUCAGGAUGUUGUGUGGCCGUAGGUCUAUUUGGGGACGUGUCAUUUGCCAUUUAACUGCAUGACGGUCAUUUUACCUUUUAAGGGACCUGUUUGUUUUGUAGACGAGUGUGUUGUUCUGGCAAAACGUAGGCGUAAGCUACGCUUGCUAGCUAACCAGCUAGCUUGGCGGCUAAGUAGCAACUUUCAGCUGGCUAGCCACCAGGAUUAUUUCAGUCCUGACACGAAUGAGGACAUGUUUUCGCUUUGCUAUAAAUGUGACAAAUACCCUUUGUAAUAGUUUUAUUUUACACAUUUGAUAUUUUUCUGAUCAUCUCGCGUUGCUGUGUUCUGGACAUCGCCAAGUGUUAUUGUUUACCGAGGCUCAGCUGGAGCUCGCCACCUGGAUUGUUGACAUGCGUGUACAUGGAUAGCGGUGGGCUGGGGACCGUGGGUAGCCUUUGUGCUGCUCCUAACAAGACCGGACCAACUAUAAAAUAAUCACUGAGCACGUAUGGACAUGGAGCUGGGAGGUAGCUAACGUAUGUCGACGUUAGCCUGAACAGUGUGGCCGACUUCGUAGCAAAAUGAGGAAUACUGGGUCUUGAAGGGACGACAGCUGUGCCCGUUGGACGGUUUGCGUCGGUGCUCGACAAAGGACGGGGGUUGUUAGUCCUUCACUAAAAGCCUCACUUGAGGCAAGUAAAAGCGUUGAAGCGGAGCUAAACGUUGCUGGUAACUCUUUCACCUCUGGGACACUGGGAUGAUGCUUAAAACGUUGCUUAUCACCAGUCUUCUUGGCUGCGUGAAAUGUCAGGAGAGCCACAGCAUGAGUCCAGAGGAGAAGUCUGUCAUCAGGGACCAGAUUGUCGAGAUGUUUGAUCACGCGUAUGGCAGUUACAUGAAAUAUGCCUACCCAGCAGAUGAGCUGAUGCCUCUAAGUUGCAGAGGGAGAGUCCGUGGGCAGGAGCCCAACAGGGGCGACAUAGAUGACUCCUUGGGGAAGUUUUCUCUCACACUAAUUGACACCCUUGAUACCCUGGUGGUGUUAAACAAACUUGAUGAGUUUGAGGACGCAGUCAGGAAGGCUGUGAGGGACGUACGCCUGGACAACGAUGUAGUGGUGUCUGUCUUUGAGACCAACAUCAGAGUUUUAGGAGGACUUUUAGGGGCCCAUGUGAUGGCUGAUUUGCUCCGUCAACGUGGGGACAGAAUGCAGUGGUACCAGAAUGAGCUUCUACACAUGGCCAAAGACUUGGGCGACCGAUUACUGCCUGCCUUCAACACCACAAGUGGCCUUCCCUACCCUAAGGUGAAUCUGCGGUACGGAGUACUGAAUCCACUUUCACGUACUGGCACUGAAUCAGACACCUGCACAGCCUGUGCAGGAACAAUGAUCCUGGAGUUUGCUGCCCUCAGUCGGCUGUCAGGAGACUCUGUAUUUGAGGAACAUGCAAGGAAGGCUUUGGACGUCCUCUGGGAGAGGAGACAGAGAGGAAGUGACUUAGUGGGGACUGUCAUCAAUAUCCAUAAUGGAGAAUGGAUCCGCAGGGACAGUGGUGUUGGUGCUGGUAUCGACUCGUACUACGAAUAUCUUAUGAAGGGUUACAUUCUUUUAGGAGAUAAUGUUUUUCUGGAGCGGUUCAAUAUUCACUACAGUGCCAUUAUGAAGUACAUCAGUCAGCCACCACUGCUGCUCAAUGUGCACAUGCACAACCCUACUGUGAGCGUGCGGAGCUGGAUGGACUCCCUUCUGGCAUUUUUUCCUGGAUUACAGGUUUUAAGAGGAGACCUGAAACCAGCUAUUGAGACUCACGAGAUGCUUUACCAAGUCACCAGACAGCACAAGUUCCUUCCAGAGGCAUUCACUACAGAGUUCAGAGUGCACUGGGGCCAACAUUUACUGAGACCAGAGUUUGCAGAAAGCACCUACUACCUCUACAAGGCCACCGGUGACCCAUACUACCUCAGAGUGGGACAGUCGGUUGUGGAAAAGCUCAAUGCCUAUGCCAGAGUGCCUUGCGGGUUUGCUGCUGUCCAAGAUGUCCGUACCGGGACACAUGAAGACAGGAUGGACUCCUUCUUUCUGGCCGAGAUGUUUAAAUACCUGUACCUGCUGUUUUCGGAGAAGAGCCAGGUACCCAUUGACAUAGAUGACUACAUCUUCACCACAGAGGCGCAUCUGCUUCCUGUCUCUCUUUCCACCACCCAGCCACCCUGUCAGGGCAACAACACGGAGACGUUUCCCGUUUCUCCACAAGAGGAUCUGUUCACCCACGCCUGUCCCAGCACAGAGACAUUGUUUCCCAACAACCCUUCAUUUGCCAAAACCAUCCGGGACGGCUACAAGUACCUCACAGGGGUGGGACGAGCCUUCCACCCUCUACCAGUCAGGGAGAUUGAACUACCACUCCAUGAUAAUGGCAUGGAGCCAAUGGAGUUCUUGAAAAGCAUGGGCAUUUCUCUCACACCUUUGAAUGAGAUCCUAACAGGAGAAUCUGGAAGUCAGAAGGAGCAUAAAGGAGUGUUCCGCGUGAAGCUUGUGGCAGAGGUAAGCCAAACAACAGAGGAGGAGGUGCUGCCUCAUGUUGUGCAGCUCAUAUCUCCCCCUUUUCUGGGAAGAACUGUCCUCACAGCAGGACCUGCCAAAUUUGGAAUGGACCUUUCCAAACAGGAGCAUGGGGUCAAAGGCAGCAUUGUGAAAACGUCUCCCUACACGGCCUGUGGGCAAAUCGACAAUGCUGCGGAGAUCAAAGGCCGUAUUGCUCUGGCGCUACGCGGUGACUGCAUGUUUGCUGUCAAGGCUCGUCGGCUGCAGGAGGCUGGAGCUAUAGGAGCCAUUUUUAUAGAUCACCGCGAAGGAAGCAGCAGCAAGGAAACGCCUCUGUUCCAGAUGGUUGGAGACGGCGACUCCACUGAGGACAUCACCCUACCUUUGGUUUUUCUGUUCAGCCAUGAGGGUGCUGUACUCACAGCUGCUCUGGAGGAACAUCACAAUGUGGAUGUGCUGCUACUGCCCAAGGAGAAGCAACUGGGACAUGAAAAAAAUAAAAAAACAGCUGGGAUGAACAUUAAAUUGCGUCUGUCAGAAGAUGUUGGGCUGGAGGACGGAGCAGCUGGAGGACCCACUUUGGAGUUUGUCCUCGAAAAUGAAGACAUUCUGCUUAAGGAAGAGGAAAAUGAGGAGAUCAGAGGAGAAGAGAAAUCACAGUUCUGUACGGAGACAACAGAGGACGACAGGACUGAAUCGUGCUCAUCUCAAACCCCAGACUCUAACAGCAGACCAGACUCGACUCCUUGACCACUGUGACGUCUAAAGCAGCCAAGCCUCCCACCACUGAUCUCUGAUCCUUUUUUUGAAUGGCAUGUGCCUCAGAGCCCCUCACUGCCCUGCAAAGAGCCGUAACCAACCCAGCCUGCAUGUGUACAUCUCAGAUAGGCAGGUCAAGCAUUGUGAUGCCCAUAAUCAUGACCCUUUACAACUAAAAGUGUACAUCAAUAUGACAUACAGUCAAAGAGCAGAUUUUAAUGUAAGAAAUAUGGAGUUUGUGUUCUUUUAAAUGCUAAAUGCUUAAACCUGUAGGCUGAGAUCGCUGGUGCUACCUAAACCCAGCUGGUAUUGUAGUUGUAUGCACGUAGGGGGUAAUAAUGAUGUAGAUCAUUAAAUCAAAUGAAAAAUUACCUCUUUUUAGAGGGGACAUGGAUAAGACAACACAUUUACUCAGCUAUGUUUUUAUCCAACAUGGUGUGUUUUUAUUGUAAAUUGCACCUUUUUGAGUCUGUAAGUACUGUUAAAUAUUAAGUCAUGGUUGAUGGGACAUCACCUGGCCAGUAGGUGGUGUCAGUUUACAUGAUUUUUCUGCAAUGUCCUGUUAACUGAUGAACGAUAUGUGGGCCAAUUUAGUUUUGUUUUUUUUAACUAGUGCACAGCUUCAGGGAAUUUUAAAAGUGAAUGAAACGUUUGUGUGCUCUGCAUUUUCCUUUUAAUAUAAUAGGAGCUUACGUUUUCGAGGCAUAACUAAUAUCUGCAGCCCAAGCUUCAGUGCUGUCAGAUCAAACCCUUUAGUCUUUUCAAAGACGUGCAUGCAAGCAUCCAGCAUCUGUAGGACUGACCAUAUGUAUCAGUUGGGAUUGUUUGGAAUUAUAUAUAAUUAUUGUUGAUUUGUAAAUGAUGAUUGCAAAAUUGACCAAAGGCGGGUUUCUUGCAGCAUAAGUCCACAUGUACAUUAACACUGGUUAUUUCUAGAUGCAGCAUCAUUGUUGUACAAGACUCCUAUGCACUUUCAAACACGGGUAUGAUCAUCGUGGCAGAUUAGUACAUUUGCAUUUAUUUUGUGUUGGUGUUGCAAUAAGCAGUUUUAUCAGCAGCAGUCGUUAAUAUUUUUUAUUGUGCAUACAUAGCAUACAGGGACAAGCUACAGGGUUGCUUUUAUAACUGAUACUAGUGUUUUAUUGAUUUGCUGGUUUGAUGGAAGACAGCAUCUAGUAAAGUAGAAGCGCCAAUUUUUCCUGAACACUUGUGUGCAAUUAAUUUCUUAGUAAUGUCUUCAUCUUUGUUGUACAAGUGCUAUUGAUAUUGGUACAAAAGUGCUACUGGGUUAAUUUUAAUUUUGAAUCUUAAUCAAACAUCGUAUUAAUAUAUACUUUUUUUAGCCUUUGUCAGGGGCACUGCCAUCCUGUAUAGCUCAGGAAUGUGUGUUACUGUUCACAUAAAGACCACAAACUACAGUUACAUAUACUUUGUUUUUCAUGUGCAUUUAUUGUCACAUUUAGUUGUCUAAUUUUUAUUUUGAUCAGUAGCUGAAACUCCUAAUGUGCCAAAAGAGACGCAUGCUCCCAUUUUUGUUUCACAUGGUCUCUCUGCUCAGUUCCUGUCUAUGAGCUGAGGUAGUCUCAUCGAUACAUUCAAAUACACUUUCAAUACAUUCAUUCAUUCAAAUAUUUUUGGAAAGAAACAUUUGAUUCUUCAUUGAACCAUCUAUGUGCAACACUCUGCAGGCAUUUCAUUACAAAAAGGAAUAGUUACUUUUUAUUCCUAAUUUCAUAAUUAAAAUAAUGGAUUACUUGUUGUUGAUGUGACCCAAUGCUUUAUUACAUCCACCUUAACCAUGUGCUAUCAUAAUUACAGUAAUGUUUCUGCCAUGACUGUGAAAUAAACCACUCUGUUUUCGCUAUUA